CUUGGAGCUUUGGAUUGGCGGCUCAAACUCGUUUCCAAAUGACGAAGCAUUUUCUCGCUUUAUUUGGCCUUUUGAAAACGCGCGGAAGGGAAAACGGGUGUGUUUACAACACAACGCGAUCGUGCUAAAAGUUUUCACUCCCCCCGGAUUAUCUGAACGCGAUUACCUUGAAACAGCUGUAAGUUACGGUGUGAACGAUGGCCGAGCAGCACAUCCAGGCGAAGCUCAAAGCUAUGCUCAGAUCACACAAAAUUCUGCUGUGGAAUCCUCCAUAUACAACAGAAACUAAUGAGGCUAGUCCUGAACACUUACAGGCGCUAGCUGUUCACUAUUCACAAUUGGAGGGAUUACCUCAGCUUGAUGUGGAGAUUGCUUUGGAAAACUUAAGAUCACAGGCAGUGAAAAGAGGGAAAGGAAACAAAGCCUACAGGGAGACAAAUGUUGCAACACUGGAGCUCCAUUUACCAAAGGAUAUGAGAAAGAAUGAUCAUAAGAAACAGGACUUCGAAACAAAACUGGAUAUUACCACUCAGGAACUGAUGAAUAAGAUCAAAGAGAAAUUUGAGGUCAAAUAUAUAAAGCUGAUUUUGAAUGGAAAAACUCUAAAUCCAGAUAAGCGACUCGAUGAACAGAACGUAAAGAACAACAGUAAAAUCAUGGUGUUGAAGGUGACCGAACCGGAAAAGAAGAAAGCCAUGAUGGAGGUAGAGGAACAGAAGCGUUCCUAUGACGAAAGUGUGCAAAGAACCCAAAAAGUUUUCCAGAUUCUCUCAGAAAGAGAUGGUAGUGAGGAUCCAGACACCACCCCAGUUCUGGAGAUUACGGAUCAGAAAGGCAACAGCAUCCAGCUCUCACUCGAUGAGAAAAAGGCACUCAUCCUAGCCAUGGGCAUCCAUGAGAAGGGCAGAGCCUUAAUGAAGAAGAAGGAAUAUGAUGAAGCUCUUUGUCACCUGCUUCAAGCAGAUGAGCAGUUUGGAAAAUGUGUCUCUACGCUGUUGAACACUGUGGAUAACUAUGCAGUGCUACAACUGGACAUCUUGUGGUGUUACUGUGCUAAGGAGUCUCUGCACUGUUUGGAGGAUUGCAAACAGAGACUGCAGAAUGCUGAGCACUGCUUUCUCAGUUGUUAUGGAGAAAAGCAGCAGAGACUGCAGAAAAUCAAGGGGAAUACAGGUGGAGAGGAGGUUCUGUUUCUCAGGCUGUAUCUCCUUCAGAGCAUGUUGGCGUACUUGAAUGGCAAUGGUUUUGAAGCGUCUAAGAAACUCCAGAAGUGUGAGGAGCUCUACAAUCAACUGUGCCUGGACCCAGAGAAGAUGACCCAACUACUGAAUAUGGGCUUCUCAGAGCAGGAUGCACGCCUGGCCCUGAGAGCCUGCAGGGGUGAUGUGGGGAUGGCUGUGAAGCACAUCACUUGCAGGGGACAGGAGCGGGAAAAGAUAAAGCAGAGGGAGAGAAAUAAGAGAAGACAGCGUCUGGAAGCCAUCAACACCCUUGUUGAACUUGGCUACCACAAGAAAGCAGCAGCCCAGGCCCUUAAUAAGACAAAUGGAGAUGUGGAUGAAGCCUACAGGUUUCUGCUGGAUUCACUUGAACCCAGCACCUCUGGGAUCCAUCAGCCAGACACAGACAUAGAGACCAAAGUGGAACAGAUUGUACACAUGGGUUUCCAGAGGGAGGAAGUGAAGGCAGCUCUGAAUUUGGUGGGAGAUGAUGUAGCUCAGGCAGUUCAGCUGCUCUUAAUUAAUCAGGGGGUUAUUCCUUCAGAGCUACGCACCCCCUCAUCACCAUCCUCCUCACCAUCCUCCUCACCAGAAGAGCCCAGCACCUCAUCAGAUGACCUCACAGCAUCCGGCUCGAGCAUCCCUGAUAUUGAACUGGUGGAUGAGGUUUUGAAGUACAUCCCCGAACAUGAAGAGGAUUAUCUGGACGUGACCCUGGAGGAAGAGCGUGAACUCCUCAUUCUAAUAAAGUCUUAUCUGGAGAAGAGCUCUGUACACACCCGCUAAAGAACUGAUCAUAUGUGCUUUUUACAAUCAUUUGAGAUCAAUUUAACAUAUUAGGUUAUCAUUAGCCCCUGAAUCUGAGCCCCAAUCGGCACUUGGCUACAAGGCAAUAACUGAAGACAUUUUCAAUGUACUUUACGAAUUUAAGCUUUGAUUUUAUCACUUUGUUUUUCUUUUGCAUUACUGUAAUAGCUUAAUUCUGGCAUGAGUGUUAAGGAAAAAAGUUUUAAGUUAAGGUUUGUUUAUAAUGAUAUUUCUUGGUUUGAGUUUUCUGUUGAAAAUGCAUGCUCCCAUGUAUAUUUUUAGUCUUUCAUCUCACAAUAUAGCUUCAACUUUUCAACAGACUUGAUUUUUGAUUAAACAUGAAUAAUUUUUUUCUUUUGAACUUUGAAGAAGUUUAAUUUCUUUUCAAAUAAAUUUAAUUAGUUUAAUUAAGAAACUAAUUCAUCUUAAAGUUGUCUUGAGUCAUAUUUUAUAUUGUAAUAAUUUCAAUGACAAAUUUUAGAUCCAUUUAUUAUAUUAUUUGUAUUUGCAAAUUUCAAAUAGUUUUGUUGUUUUACGUCUAUAGGACAAAAUCUGUUAAUUAUGACUAAGCAGUGUUAAUGUAUUGAUUUGAAACAGAGAUAUUUGUAUGUAACUGCUCAUACAUUCUCGUUUAGUGGAGCGUAAUGAGACACAGACACACAUUUAAUAAAAUACCGUCUUUUUGUUGUA